UCCGCCCCGCCCGGGUUGGGCCGGGCCGGGCUGCGCUGCGCCGCACCGCACCGCCGGGCGGAGGUGAUGGGAGCAUGAACGAAAAUGAGGGGGAUCUCCAGAGAGAGGGGCAGGACGCAGCCAAACCCUGCCGGGCCAUUUCGGACUCUUUCAUGAGGGAAGCUUCUCUGGGCUGUGACCGGGAAGUGUCCCAUCCAAGACCAGACCUUCUCUCCCCAGAGACAGGGCUGGAGAAGACUUCCCACUGUGGCUUUCGGAAGCGGAAGGAGACAGCGGUGCCCCAACGAGCGUUCAUGGGAGAGAAGCCCUUCAUAUGCGUCGAGUGCGGGCAGAGCUUCAACCGAAGCUCCGAUCUGAUCCGCCACCAGAGGAUCCACACCGGGGAGAAGCCCUACAUGUGCACCGACUGCGGCAAGAGCUUCAGCCGCCGCUCCCACCUCAUCCAGCAUCAGCGCGUCCACACGGGUGAGCGGCCGUACCGGUGCAGGGACUGCGGGAAGAGCUUCAGCCAGAGCACCCACCUGGUGCAGCACCAGCGCAACCACACUGGCGAGAGGCCUUAUGUCUGUGCCAAGUGCGGGAGAAACUUCUACCAGAACUCGGGCCUGCUCCGCCAUGCCAACUUUCACACGGGCGAGAAACCUUACAAGUGCCCCCAGUGUGGGAAGCGCUUCAGCGACAGCUCCAAUCUCCUUGCUCACCAGCGGCUCCACACAGGUGAGAAGCCCUACAAGUGUACUGACUGCAACAAGUGCUUCAGUGAGAGCUCUAAGCUGGUCAUCCACCAGCGUGUACACACAGGUGAGAAGCCAUACUUGUGUCCUGACUGUGGGAAGAGAUUCAGCCAGCGUUCACAUCUUGUCCAGCACCGUCGCACUCACACCGGGGAGAAGCCCUACAAGUGUGCUGAGUGUGGGACCUGCUUCAGUGACAACUCUACCCUCAUCCGUCAUCGCCGUACACAUACUGGAGAGAAACCUUUCAAGUGCUCACACUGUGGGAAGAGCUUCAGCCGCAACUCCUACUUAGUCUCACACCAACGGGUGCACAUGUGGUAGGCAACAUUGCCUGGGGGUGAUGUAGAAUGCAGCUUCUGAUCCAGGCCUGUCCAAAAUAUGCCUAAGGAACAAGGGGGUUUAAAAGAAUAUAGGAAUACCAGGGCCCUUGGAUUUUAGGCAGCUGGACAAAGUAAUUCACUUGGCCCGUGCUGCCCUUUUCAGUCAUUUCCGUCUCCCAGCGCACCUCAGGCAUGGACAGAAAGCAAGCAGUCAUUGUGGUGGGUAGUUCUCAUCCCAAGGACAUGUCAUCUUUCCCCAGUACUAGAGUCAGAAGGCAUCUGCCACGUAGCCUAGGUGCAGAUGUUUGCUCCCACCUCCCUGUAAGCAGUGUUUGCCUGAGAGCCAAAGGGGAGAAUAUACAAUGUCACGUCACAUAAUGAGGAGCUUUUUGGCCAUGCAACAAAUGCAUAUGUGGUCAUCUCAAGGGAAAUAAGAUGUGAGAUGGAGUCCUUAAGGGGCUUUGGUCCACUUGCAACUGAAAUGGUGUGACCUAUAUAAUACUGCAGAGGUCUAUAGGAGCUCACCAUGCUUGCAGUUUAAGCCACCUUUGUGUCUUACACAGCAGUCUGGAAGGUCAGAGCUAAGGAGGUCCUGUGUUAUUCAUAAGCUUUGCAUUAUGCAUAUGCAGCCUGUGGGUAACUUGAAACAUAGGCAAAACCCACAUGAAGGAGAAAGGAACAAACAGGAAGGAACAUACAGUUCCUUCUUCCUUUGUAGAAGGAACAUACAGGCAUACGCUGAACCAAAGAAGGAAGACAUGCCUGCAAAAGUUUUCUGCAAGUGCUGCUUGAUAUAGGAACAAGGGAGCUGUGAGAUAGGGACAUGGCCUCUUCUGGAAUCUCAGAACUGGUGGGUAGCUGAUGUAGCAAACUCGUACCUGCAGGCCUGAAAGAAAAUAUUAGAAUUAUACUUGUUGCUGCUAAGACUAUGGUGUGCAACUUAGCGGGUGUAUGGAGGUCGCCUGUGAGUCUGUACUGGUGGCCUCCUCUCUCUGCAGAAUUUGGAUUCACAGGUACAGUUCAAGUGGGCUGGUGUAUGUGGUGUUACAACAUAGGAGAGAAUAACAGCACACCAAGACUGACCUGAUUCCAUACCAGUAUUUCUAGAGUCCCAUUUGGACUAGUGUGUGUGUGUGUGUGUGUGUAAAGAACAUCUAUGUGUAUGUAUUCACAUAUGUAUGAACUGGCUUUUGUACUAAGUGUAUUAUCUUCACACAUGUGAGCAGUUGUGCGUGCACACAUGGUGGCAGUGAUCACAACGUUCAACUGUGUGACACUACACCACAUCAGUACUCCUCAAAAUGCUAAACAUACUGUAAAUACUAGCAUUUCUCACUAAGAAGCUGGGAGAAACAGCUUUUAUACCAAAACAUCUGAAUUUUCACAUUAGGACGUUCAGUUUUACAGUCUAUGUGUGUGUCUAAACUCUGGAACUGAGUUGUUUUAUUUAUAUAUCUAUCUAAAAAUAUCUGGCCCCUAUGGUUGCAAGGAAUGACUUCUAAAUGUCAGACUGUGUAGUGCUCUCCCCCUUGUUUUACAGAGGUACUAUCAGUGGCAGUUGCAGGAUGUACACCACUGAUGAUUUUAACUACAAGGAAUUGCAGUGCAACACUUUACAUUGUUUGUAUUUUUGAUUGUUUUGCUGCUGACCAUUUUAUUGACGGUACUGACUGGUGUGCUUAUCCAGCUUAGAAAAGAUUUCUGGUUUUGCAAUGGUACUUUACUAAUCCUGCAGUUGGCUUCAUGGCUUCAGUAGGUCUCUGGAAAACUGAAUGCAGACUGAAGCCAGUGAAAGGACUGGAGCUCUGGUGGGCAAGAGAUGAAGGAAAUAAAGAUACAAAGAAGAUCCAUGGAUUUGAGCAGCUGCUGGCCAGGGACAGUUGUGAAUUGCUUACUCUACAGAACUCACUACUCCCCAAGGGACUGCAGGUAUCCCUUCUGCAAGCCACUUCUUGACACUCAACUGCUGAUAAAAUGUUAUUUUUGUAUAGUUUAAUAAAAAGGAGCUGUAGCUGGAGCAUAAAAUUAUCUGCAGCUUCUAGAGGAACAAGGAAACUUUAUGUGCAGCUGCUCAGGGAAGUAAGAAGGAGCUUUCAGAAAUGGGGUGGCCUUUGUUUACACAGUAGCCAAAGCCUCCAUUCCAAAUGCACAUUUUUGCUUUUAGUUCUGUGUUUGGGUGUGGUGGUUUGGGUUUUUUGUUUGGUUUUGGGUUUGUUUUUUUGUUUGUUUGUUUACUUUUAUAAACAGCUUCAUACCAAUGAAUUCUUGAUUUCUGUUUCCCUUUGGGAAUGUGGUUUGGAAACUGACUAAUGGUUCAUCUACUUGAUGCCAGAAAUGUCCAGAUUUUCAUUUACUAGCUGAGUUUUGGAAGGGAUGCUACAGCUCUCAGCAGGUUGAAUUAAAAGGUUAUGCUGCAGUCCUACCUUAGAACUCAUCAGUUUUGUGUGGGUCUCUCCCAGGUUACCUAAAGCAAGCCUAUAGCACUAAAGCAAUAUGUUUGGUUGAGAAGCCCUGUUUGCCAGGGAAAAUCAUAUUUUGAAUGCAGCUUUUCUUUUGGCAAUCUGAAUGGAGCUGCUGUAGCAGAUCAAGGAAAUCUGACCAAGGUCUGCACAUUGCUGAGCUCAGCUCAAAGGGAAACCUUCUCACAUCAAUCUGGUUUGAGAGGACCCUUAACAACAGUCCUCAGAGUUACUUUCUACACACAUUGUGAAGUGCUGUGAAUACUUAUAAGUCCUCUAGAAAUGAAGAGUAUUGCUGUGUAUUUAUUUCUAAGAUCUUUAUAUGCUUUUAAACUGUAUGCCAAAUCGAUGUGGCCUUAGGGUUCACAGCAUAUUGCCAGUGCUGUAGUUUUAGUGGUUAGGACUAGAUUGCUUGCCAGUGUAAGCACAUUUCUGGAGUUCCUUUCUACAGCCACUGUUAGUUUUCCCUGUUCAGCGUCACUUGGCUGAAUUAAUUCACUUCCCCCAGCCUGUCUGCCCUUUGCUGUGCACAGUGAUCAUCUAGCUGGAGAGGAUCCUCUGCUGUUGAGGUUGCAGGGUGUGUUUCUCAUCUUCCAGGGUUAAAUUUCUUUCUGGCAGCACAAACUCAUGAGCCAAAUUCUGAAGAAAGAGGCAUGGGCAUGUGAAAAAAGUUGAGAACCAUAGGGUUUAUUUUCACAGCAGCUAGGUGACUGACUUCUGUAACAGUUGUCUUCUCCCUCAGUAUCACAAAGGACAAGUACUGGAAAAAAGCAGAAGGUAAGGCACUGCUAUCAUUCCUGCAGACCACCCCUAGCACACUCUGUCUCAGACCUGUGGUCACUAGUUGGUGCCCAGAUCCUCCUGCCAGAUGAGAGACCUCUUUACAAUACUGUAAAUUCCUCUUGUGAUAAUGGUGCUUAGAUGCUACAGUGAGACUAUGGCACUUUAGAAUUACUCAAGACAAAUGGAUGAAGUUUCUGAAAUAAA